AGCUGCUUUUGUGCCAUAUGGCUGCAAUUUCGAGCAAGGCAAGCGACGAGAUAAUGCAGGAGGUAUCGAGAAAGAAGCGGAUCGCGGGAUCCAAGAAGCUUUUCGAGCUGACGGGGCAGGCACCCUCGCCGUCCAAAGACUAUCUGCAGGUUCUGGUGACGGAGGGGGGCGUGGUGCUGCGAAGGGUCCCCAUAACGGUCCGAGGAGUGACCCAGGGAGCCGUGCCCGCCCCGUCGGAGAAAGUCCUGACGCUGGAAGAGUUUGCGGUGGACGCAGACUUCCAGGCAGAAGUUGGGAGAACCUUUGGAACCGAAGCACUGAAGCAGGUGAAAAGAGCUGCCAGUGGAAGGUGGGACGUGUUCCUGAGACUCGGUGAAGACUUGCUGAUAGCCAUUAUGAGUCUACUGGACCUGCAAUCCAUAGCCCGGCUCUCUUGCGUCAACCAGCACCUCCGAGAAACCUGUAACUGCGACCGGCUCUGGGAACUGCUGUACAGAACCCACCAGGGUCACCCGAGCGAGGAGAUUGGCUCUCUGGCGACGGAGCGUGGCUGGAAGACUGUGUUCUUCAUGAACAAGCUUCAGCUGCAGAAAGAAUUGUCGCGGAGACGUAGAGAGAAACCGGGGGACGUUGAGAGCCCAGCAUCCGAUUUUACAUUUCUUACGGAGUCUUAGGAGAGAGUGGGGCUGUGAUAUUAUUAUAUAUACCAUGUUCUAUAUAAUUAUGAGGCAUAGGUGAAUGAGACACCACGAAAUCUGCUACCAAAUAUCACUUCAUUAC